UGCGUACUUCGCUCGCGGACUAUCACGUCCUAGCCUAACCAUAUAUCUCGACUCGAGAUAUUAUCGCUCUCAAAAUUGAUUGCAAAUAUAUUUUCAUUUGGUGCCCGUUUUGAGGAUGGCCGAGAGCGAGGCAGACACGCCAAGCACCCCGAUAGAGUUUGAGAGCAAAUACUUCGAGUUUGAUGGAGUGCGACUUCCACCCUUCUGCAGAGGAAAGAUGGAGGAGAUCGCAAACUUCUCCCUCAGAAGUAGCGACAUAUGGAUUGUCACGUAUCCCAAGUCAGGUACCAGUCUCCUUCAGGAAGUGGUGUAUCUGGUGAGUCAGGGGGCGGAACCAGAUGAGAUUGGCCUGAUGAACAUCGAUGAUCAGCUUCCUGUUCUGGAGUACCCUCAGCCUGGCCUAGACAUCAUACAGGAAUUGACGUCUCCUCGUCUGAUCAAAAGCCACCUGCCCUACCGCUUCCUGCCUACAGCCAUGCACAAUGGAGAGUCCAAGGUGAUCUACAUGGCGAGGAACCCUAAAGAUCUUGUGGUGUCUUACUACCAGUUCCACCGCUCCCUCAGAACCAUGAGCUACCGCGGAACCUUCCAGGAGUUCUGCAGACGCUUCAUGAACGACAAGCUGGGAUAUGGUUCCUGGUUUGAGCAUGUGCAGGAGUUCUGGGAGCAUCGCAUGGACUCGAAUGUCAUUUUCCUGAAAUAUGAAGACAUGUACAAGGACCUGGGGACAUUGGUGGGGCAGCUGGCGAGAUUCCUGGGUGUCUCGUGUGACAAGGCCCAGCUGGAGACCAUGGUGGAGAGCUGCAACCAGCUCAUAGAGCAGUGCUGCAACUCAGAAGCCCUCUCCAUCUGCAGGGGUCGAGUGGGACUGUGGCAGGACAUCUUCACCGUGUCUAUGAAUGACAAGUUUGACACGGUGUAUAGACAGAAGAUGGGCAAGUCUGACCUGACCUUUGACUUCGGCCUGUGAGGACCGGACCGACUGACCACAACGACACGACCACGGACUACACUCCUCCUUCUGCUGCCUAAACACCGUACACUCCUCUGCCUCUCUUCAUCACUCAAUAAAUCAAUCAAUCAAUGAAUCAAUC